CCAGAACAGAAACGGACCGGUGCCAAAGAAGCAAAGCCAAGCUAAGCUAGCUCACACGACCCUGCUCAGUGUUCACUCCAGUGAGACACGUCGCUAGCUCAGCGGGAUUACGGCCUCGGCACCCGUGCCGCUGCCAGUAGGCCCCACCCAAUCCAGCGGUUCCAUCCCGUCGGGCGUCGGCUAGCUUCCUUCCCGCCCCGAUCGAUCAGAUGCGGGCGGCGCUCCUGCUCCGACCACCGCCGCCGCCACCCGCUGCCGGAAACCUUCUCUCCGCUGCCUCCGGGAGACCGCCGCCACCGCUGCUGCUCCGCGCUCGCCGCAUGGCCGCCGGCCCUCCCCCGCCGUCCGCCGCCGCCGCCGAUUUCCCUGCUGCGAACGUCUCAGGGCCGGUUCCGGACGACGGCGGCGCGCGGACGCGGCCGCGGCGGCGCCGGAGCGUGGCCGGCGUGGACCAGGACGAGCUCCUGGACCCGGGCGCGCUCGCCGACCCGGACAGCAGCUUCUGCGACAUCAGCGGCGUCAGCUUCCACCACAAGGUCUACAGCGCAGCCCACCACGAGGAACAACAAGACCCCGCCUCCGCCUCCGGCUCCGGCGUGGGAGUGCCGGUGGUGCUGCUGCACGGCUUCGGCGCGUCGCUCUUCUCCUGGAGCCGCGUGAUGCGGCCGCUGGCCCGCGCCGCCGGAGCCAAGGUGCUCGCCUUCGACCGCCCGGCCUUCGGCCUCACCUCCCGCGCCGCCUGGUCCGGGUCCGGGCCCGGCGGCGACAACGACGACGACACGAGGCCUCUCAACCCUUACUCCAUGGCCUUCUCCGCCAUGGCCACGCUCGCCUUCGUCGACCUCCUCGGCGCCGGCAAGGCUGUCCUCAUCGGGCACUCUGCUGGCUGCCUCGUCGCGGUGGACGCGUGCCUCGAGGCGCCGGAGCGGGUGGCGGCGCUCGUGCUCGUCGCGCCGGCCAUCUUCGCGCCGGGUUCCGGGACGAAAGGCGAGAGGAGGGAGGACGGAGAAGAAGGGCAAGAGAAGAAGGACUCUGAUGAUGACAGCAAUGGACCACCAUUGAAUCCGUUUGCUAGGAUCUGGAGAGGAUUUCUCGGCAUGUGUAUGUGGAUUGCCGGGCUUGUUCUGAAGGUGGUAAUGGCAGUGCAGGAUGUGGUCAGAGCUCUGGCUGUUCAAGCCCUCGUCGCUCUUCUUCGAUCGCCGCUGGGCGCCAUAAUGGUGAGGCUGGUCAUGGAUAAAUUCGGCGUAAUGGCUGUCCGUAAUGCAUGGUACGACCCCAGCAAAGUAACUGACCAUGUUAUUCAAGGCUACACCAAGCCACUAAGAUCAAGGGGCUGGGAGAGGGCUCUCUUGGAGCACGCUAUAUCCAUGAUCACAGAUUCUGCACCCAAGUCAAGACUGCCAGUCUCAAAGAGGCUCUCUGAGAUCUCAUGCCCAGUGCUAGUGGUGACCGGCGACACCGACCGCCUUGUUCCAGCUUGGAAUGCUGAACGCGUUGCACGGGCGAUUCCUGGCGCGGUAUUUGAGGUGAUCAAGAACUGUGGGCACUUGCCCCAUGAGGAAAAACCUGAAGAAUUCCUUUCAAUCGUCGAAGGGUUCCUGCGGAGAGCUUUUGGAACUCCAGAUGAACAAGUGUUGCAAGCAGCUGUAUGAUGAUCAGCAUUGCUAAAUGCAUGUGCAGAAAAGAUGGAGCUAGAUCUGUGGCUUGACAGAUAAAAAAGAAGCAGCAAUUUUUGCAAUGAACGACUUUAUUGGUCAUUUGAGAUACAUGGAUGUUUAUACAACAGUGAAAGCAAACAUUGUCAAUGAAGUCACUGUUUUGUCUGAAACUGAAACUUCUCACUGUGAAAUGGUAGAGCAGAGCGUUUGUACUUGUAUCACUGUAUCAGGAUCUGUUUAAUCUUUUGUACAUAUUUGUGUCAGGAUAUGUUUAAUCUUUUGUGCAUAGUUGGAAACUUACAUA